AUGGAACUGCGCGUGCGCAAAGCGGCCAUGACACUGUACGGAAAACAGAACAGCGUCUGCGAGGGCGGCCAUGACACCGUACGGAAAAUCUCACUGCGCAUGCGCAGAUCAACCGUAGAAGCGAAUGGCAGCGAGCUACGCAUGCGCAGUGCCAUUUCCGAGCUCAAGAAUUCCCAGAUUUCCAACGUUGGGAAUCCCAGGAUUUUUGGGAAUUCCGGGAAUUCCCAGCCCCGGGAGUUCCGGGUGCUCCAGGCCGGGGUCCGGCCGCGUUUGCGGCUCCCCCGGGGCGGCGCCUUCUUCCGCAGCGGGAGCAGAUCCAGGAAAAAUCCGGGAAAAUCCCAAAAAACCCCCGGGGAGAAUCCCCAGGAACCGGCGCGGAACCUUCCGGAAACGGCGGGCAAGGAAAACCGGGAAAAAACCGGGAAAAACCAACAGGAAUGCAGCGGGAAGGAGGAACCCUCUGGAACGAGCGCGGAUUCCCGGGAUCCCCCGGCCCAGCAGGAAUUGGGCUCUCCGUGCCCGGCCGGGCUCUUCCCGAUUUUCCUGCCCAGUAGGAGGAGGCCCCUGGAGGAGCUCCCGGCUCCCUUUGGUCCCUCUGGAAAAACUCCCAGGAAAUCCCGGGAAUCCUCGUGGGAUCAGCUCAUCAUUGACGCGGGUCAGCACUCGCUGGGUCCCCGGCAGUGCGGCUCCUGCGGGAUGCUGUUCGCUCCCGGCGUUCCCGAGGAUCGGCUGCAGCACCUGCGGCACCACCGGAGGCUGCGCCAGGCCCUGACACACACGGGCUGGAAGCAGGAGCGCGUGGUGGCGGAAUUCUGGGAUGGGAAAAUCCUCCUGAUCCUUCCCGAGGAUCCCAAAUACGCCCUCAGGAAGGCCGAGGAGGUUCUGGCCGUGGUGGAUUCCGAGCUGGGUUUCCCGGAGCAUUCCCGGCCGGGUUCCGGGCAGCGUUCCCGGCUGUUCCCGGCACAGUCGCGGGUGUACCUGUUCGUGAGCCCCGGGCAGUGCGUGCUGGGCUGCCUGGUGGCACAGCCCAUCCGCCACGCAUUCCGCGUGCUGCCGGAGCCGGGCUUGGCACCAUUGCCAGACCCCCAGGACCCCCAGAAUUCCCAAGGUCCCCGUGACCCCCGUGGGGAUUCCCGUCGGGAUCCGCAGAGCGACCCGUGUGCCCGCGCCUGGCGCUGCUCGCUGUGCCCGGAGCCGGCGGCGUGCGGCAUCAGCCGCCUCUGGGUGCUGGGGGCGCGGCGGCGCCGCGGCAUCGCCCGCAGGAUGAUGGACGCCCUCAGGCGCACGUUCGUGUUCGGGGCCGUGCUGAGCUCCCGGGAUUUGGCCUUUUCCGACCCCACGGCCGACGGGAGGGGAUUCGCUGCCCGCUACUGCGGCCGCCACGACUUCCUCGUCUACAGCCCC